AUGGAGGCAUCGCCUCUCACUCAGCAAAGUAGACCGGAAACAUUCCAGCCGAAGAUCGUGCAGCUUUACGAGACCCUAUUCAAAACCACAGAAGAUGCAGAGCCCUCCGAGGGAUUCUGGAGAGAGUUCUUUCUCUUGCCGCCGGAUCGUGACCGGCUUCAUGCCCUUCUAGACGGGUUGAGUCCCGACGACACCUUGGGUCUGCAGACGCAGACUCAAUCUUUUUUCGCAAGGGCCGUACGUGAGGCUUCUUCGGGGGUUGCCUCAGCCGACUCCUAUGCAUUAGAUACUUUAUCCAUCUUCUUGACUAGCAUUCUGAGUAAGAAGUACACAAACCCAAGCUCAGAUGUCAUCACAGUCCUAGCAGGACUCAACAACGUGGACCGAGUCAUCUCUGAAUUUGUAGCCGUUUUGGACCGCAUCAUUCGCAAUGGAACUAGCCUCGAACUCCGGCGCAAGGCAAUUCGAGUGGCUGUUGCCAUGACGAGCGGCGCAUACAAGACCAGUCUUGUCUCUUACUUUACUCACAGGGAUCUUUUCCCUUCACUAAUGAAGUACGUUCACGAUUCUGAUUCACCGAUCCAAGUGUUCGACCCAUUUCUCCUCUUGGGACUGUUGGUGAAUUACAACAAAUUUGAAUAUCAAAACCCCUACCAGCUUCGUCUUGAUGACUUUGUCAAUGAGGCUAGCAUCAAAAAGGUUGUCACUGGCGUCGGUUUGGCUUGCAGUGGGCUACGUAAUGGCUAUAUCGCUGUACAUGAUGAUAUUCCCGAGGGCUGGACUUUGACGAACACCCUCAUAUUCUUUGGGCUUCGAGCCAUUGCGCCAGGUGCUCGAGAGAGGGCGAACCCUCCUACUACAGAAGAAGCAAAGUCAAUGUUCACUGAACUACCUGCCAAGGAAGCCGCCAUAUUGAUGGCUACAUACGAUUUCGCCAACUCCAACAAGCUAUUUGGGUAUCACCUGGUUCACGCAAAGGCAGGAAAAGCCGAAGAGGAGUCACCCUUCUCAGGCUUUGUCUCCCUGACGUCCUAUCUCCUGCAGCACGCAUAUCGAUCUAACCGAGUCGCACACUAUGCCGAGCUCAGUCUGUUCACAUUACGCAUCCUUGUCGAGGAUCCCACACUCUGCAAACAUAUCUGCAGUGAAGAGGGCAAGCGUAAGGUCCGUAUCUGUCGCCAGCGUCAACCUUAUCUGCCCCUUAUUGCUGGUGAUCGAGUCUUGGCAACAGUAAUCUUCGACAUUAUGAUUGAUACUAUCACACACAAUCUUCGUCGGCGGCUAGACGUCAAUAUCUACAGCCACACUAUCGCAAUAACCUUGCGUCUUCUCACAUACCUCUCAGUGAACAAAAUUCGCCUCACAUACCACUGGUCAGAGCUAUGGCGCACGCUCCUUUCCCUCAUGCGCUUUCUCACAACAUACGCGAGCGAUCUCUCCAGCAACCCACAGACACAUAAUCUAAUCACUUCUCUCGCCGACUUGCUCGCCUUCUGCGUCUCAGGUGGCGAUACUUUCCUCCCUGACCCAGCUUCCUACGACGAUCUCUUCUACAAGCUCGUCGAGACAGGACCAGUCAUCUCUAAAUUCCGUGAUGUAUACGCCCUGACCCAUACAACAACAUCAUCCAUUCCUCUUCCCGACCCCUCCAAGAAUGGCAUUCAUGCCGCAGCUAUCGAUACCCUCCUAUCCGUAUCGACACACUUCUACACCUUACUCUUCCACUCCGAUGAUAAGGACUCCGCAACUGCGGCUGUCACAAGCCCCAAGCUAGAUGAUGAACACAAACCAGUCGCACUUCCCUCUAUCAAGAAAAAGAAUCUUAGCCCGCGCGAGGUUCACCGUAUCAUCAAGCAGGGCUAUGAUACCCUUAGUAUCCAGCCACCUGAAGGAUUGAGUACUUGGUCUCGAUGGCGCGAGACAGAGUGGAAGAGUGAGUUGAAGCGUGCUGCCAGAUGCGCGGUCGAUGAUGCACGACAGCUAGUUGCCUAA